AAUCGUGCAUUCACACGAAGACACGCAAACGACCGCGAGCAACGGAACUCGUCUCUCUGCAGGAGUGAGCGAGAGAGAGCUAGCUGUAAAGAGUUGAAGCUGUUGAAAACAACAACUGCACAACAGGCGAAAGCAAGACUUAAGCGACGCUGCCGAGCGCCUGCUCGCACACUUGAAGAGCUUGCGGACGACAACGCUUGAUGUUUGCGCGCAGUGGGAUUAGCGCUGCGCCCAAUGUGGGCAGCGGCAGAGGAAGCGCCGACGAUGGCGGUGGCGGCGGCGGCGGCGGUAGCAGCGCAGGCGCUGCAGGCAGCAUUGAGCUGCUGUGUCCGCCCAGUGGCAGCAGCAGCAUCAGCGGCAGCGGUAGCUUCAGCAGCAGCGGCACCAGCACAACGGCCACUAACAGUACUAGCGUGAGCGCGUCAACGCCGGCGUCAGCUGCGGACCUGCUUGGCGACAGCGGCGAGAACAACAACAAUGCGAAUGCCAAUCGAAAUCUGAGCUUACAACUGAGCAGCAACAACAACUAUGCGAACAACAAUAAUAAUCACAGCACAAACCUAAUCAGCGGCAUCUGCAGCAGCAUUUGGCGCACAGCAACCUUUGGCAGCGCUGCGCCCGUCGCCAGCAUAAUGGCAGCCAGCAGCGGCAGUGGCAAUGGCAGCGGCAGCGGCAGCGCCGCCAGCGCCAGCUACUCUUCCUCCAGCGCGUCCUCGAUUUCGCCAGCCGCCGACGAGGUAUGCGUUGUGGAGCAGCAGCAGAGCAGCAACCAGCGUACGGUGGCCACCAACACCAACAGCAACAGCAACAGCAAUGCAGCGCAACAGCAGCAGCGCACACAAAUACAAAUGCAGCUCGACGGGGAGCAGGACGAGCCCCAAACAUUCCUAGGCGCCACCGAACUGGACGAUGAGCUAAUCAAACAACUGCCAAAGGAGGUACUGCUGCGCGUUUUCUCCUACCUGGAUGUCGUCUCGCUAUGCCGCUGUGCUCAGGUGUGCAAAUAUUGGAAUGUGCUCGCCCUGGACGGUUCCAGCUGGCAGAAAAUCAAUUUGUUCGAUUUCCAACGUGAUAUUGAGGGUCCGGUAAUUGAGAAUAUAUCGCAACGAUGCGGCGGCUUCCUCAAGUCGCUUUCGCUACGUGGUUGUCAAUCGGUGGGAGAUCAGUCCAUCAAAACUCUAGCGAAUCACUGCCACAACAUCGAACACCUGGAUCUGUCGGAGUGCAAGAAGAUCACAGAUAACUCGGUCACAGACAUAAGCAGAUACUGCAGCAAGCUGACGGCCAUCAACCUGGACUCCUGCUCGAACAUAACAGACAAUAGCCUCAAGUAUAUAUCGGAUGGCUGUCCGAACCUGCUCGAGAUCAACGUAUCCUGGUGCCAUCUAGUAUCCGAAAAUGGAGUCGAGGCGCUGGCACGCGGCUGUGUCAAGCUGCGCAAGUUCUGCAGCAAAGGUUGUAAACAGAUUAACGACAAUGCCAUCACGUGCCUGGCCAAAUACUGUCCCGAUCUAAUGGUGCUAAAUCUACACAGCUGCGAGACCAUCAGCGACUCGUCCAUACGCCAGCUGGCGGCUUGCUGCCCCAAGCUGCAGAAGCUGUGCGUGUCCAAGUGUGCGGAACUAACUGAUCUCUCGCUGAUGGCGCUGUCGCAGCACAACCAGCAGCUGAACACACUGGAGGUGUCCGGCUGUCGCAACUUUACGGACAUUGGCUUUCAAGCGCUGGGCCGCAACUGCAAGUACCUGGAGCGCAUGGAUCUGGAGGAGUGCAGCCAGAUAACGGACCUAACGCUGGCCCAUCUCGCCACCGGCUGUCCCAGUCUCGAGAAGCUGACGCUGUCGCACUGCGAGCUGAUUACGGACGACGGGAUACGGCAUCUGACCACGGGCAGCUGUGCGGCGGAGAGUCUCUCGGUGCUGGAAUUGGACAACUGUCCGCUGAUAACGGAUCGCACGCUGGAGCAUUUGGUUUCCUGUCACAAUCUGCAGCGCAUCGAGCUCUUCGACUGCCAGCUCAUCUCACGCGCGGCCAUACGCAAGCUGAAGAACCAUCUACCAAAUAUCAAGGUGCACGCUUACUUUGCGCCCGUGACCCCGCCAGCUGUGACGACAGGCCACCGACCACGGUAUUGUCGCUGCUGUGAGAUUCUCUGAGAUACGGCCAUUGGCUUUGCCAGACGGAUAAUGCGCAAAUCUGCCACGGACUGAUGCUGGCCUGUGUGCAUCUGUGUGUUUGCCAUGCUCUCAAGCCUGAUCCUCGUCGCGAUGCUGUAUUCCUUCGGUCUGCUUGACAGCGUCUACUGAAUGUGCGGGCGCCAAGAAGACAGCAACACACACACACACACACACACUCACAUACACACACACACGCCUACACCAAUAUAACUGUGUAUAACUAAAGCAAGAUUCUAAUAACGAUAUUUAAGGAUCCGAAACGAAACAAAUGAAACAAAAGAAAAGAAAAGAAAUUGUAACACGAAAUUCGUAGUCUUAAAUGUACCCAAGCUAACUUUUAGUAUUUAGUUUGCGAGAGUUUCAAAAACUCAACUUCAACAUGUAAAAUUGUGAUUAUUUUAUUUUUAUAUGCUAAGCUGUUAUGUUAACUAGACAACCUUUAAUCAUUUUGUUUCUCGUAUGCGUUAUGUGUAUUAUUAGAUAUCUCUCUCUCUCUCUCUCUCUUUUUGUUCUUGUUUCAAUUUGUGUUUUUCUCUCAACGAAUUGUCAAUCAAUCAAGCUCCUAAAACAUCUCUGACGUAUGUACAUAAAUACAUAUGUAUCUACCCUGUAAUAUUUUCUGUGGGUAAGCUCACAGAUAUACCGAACACACACACACACACACACACACACACACACAUACGCAUACACAUACUCAACAAGCUUGAAGCGUGCAUGCUGAUUAAGUGUUGAUAUAAUUAUGAUUUCAAUUAGUGAGAGCAAAUACAUAUUUUACUAUAUAACUGAGAUUAUAAUCAAGUCUAAACAUGUCGAUAGAACCACAAAGCGUUCACCCACACACACACACACACACACAUACAAACAAACACACACACCUUGCAGUCAGUGAAAACUUUAGGCUAUUUCCGAAUAACAACUGUUGCUAUAUUCCGGUUUUUUUUUUUUAGUGCCAGCUAAAUCAUAUUUAAGCAUAUAUUUAACCUAGAACAUUAUACUUAUAGUUAUACUUAUACACACAUACAUACGUACGUAUUAUGUAUGUGUGUAUGGCUGCACACUAUGUCAACGAAAUCCAAAUUGUAUAUUACACCCGAACAAAUCGAAACACAAAUAAUAAACAUAACAAAAGGGAAAUAAAAAUAACCGUUCAAGUGCAAGCAUGUCUUUUACACACAAACAACAAAAACAUACAAACAAACAAACAAACAGAUGGAUCCACGUUUCUAAAACACAAAUCUCUCAUACAAUAUAUAUACUUAGUACAUAAAACACAUGAUAAAUAAAUCUAUAUAUAUACAUUAUGAGAAAAAUAUAUAUAUAUAUUUAAUUACAUAAUAUACACAUGUAUAAUUGUCUAUUUUGUAAAUGUAAUCCACACAAAACGGGUACAAAAACGCCAAUUUUCAUGUAUGUAAAUUCCGCGCACAAUUGCAAACGCAUUAUCCUAUCGGGUGAUUGCCAAUUGGCUUUUAUGGUUAACAGACGGUUUCUUAUUAGAAAGCCCCAUAAACUGUUCCAUUGCUCAUUGUGCGCAGAAAUUAUUUUUAAUUAAUUGGGCUAUCAAGUCACACAUAGAACAAUCUAAUGAGGUAUUAUUUCCCUCGUAGCCUCACGCCCGGAUAAGCGAAAUUAAGUGUUUCCAUAAAUGGGAUUAUUCGUCAAUAACAUCAUUAAUACUCACCACACACAAAUCUUAUCAGAGCGCUUUAGAGUAACAUUAGAGGAAUGCUGCCAGUGGGAAUGCAAUAUUAAUAUAUGUAUGUGUAUCUAUGUGUAUUUUGUUCUUGUUUUUCAAACUAAUUGUAGCAUUUGAAAUAUUAAUUAUUGCUCUAUCUGAUGGGUUUUAGUUAAACAAUCUAUAGCUAAUGACUUAGUGAUCUAUGUGUUUCAGUUUUAAACCAAAAAGUUGCAUAAGUAGAUUUAUAAAAGAAACAACUUUCAUUUAUUGAACUUAAGGAUCAUAUACAAAUACAACAGAAAUUAAUUUACUAAAUAAAAUGUGCUAAGCUUUUUAAGGUGCAUCUGUAAGUGGAUUGACACUACAUUUCAAAAUAGAAGAUAUUUUGGUCAUGCCAACGACUAUCUGGGAUUUCAAACAAACAUAUCUUUGCAAAAUAUUCAAACAGGCGCUCCUUUCAGUGAUUCCCAAUCAGUUACAGAGUAAUAUUAUAUAAUGGGACAACACUGUUUUCUUUUGUAUCUGUAUAUCGUUCAGCCACCACAUUUUUCGCCGUCAUCGCUCUAUGGUUGUAAAUACAUUUCGAUUUUAAUCGGUUUGUACUUGUAUUAGUAUGCGGUAGACGAAGGCAUAUCGAAAUAAUAAACAAUUAUGUGGGAAUUAUAAACAAUCUGUAUUUUCAGUUAUAUUUGAGUGUGUGUGUGAGCGUGCGCGUGUAAUUAUGCACAGAGCACCAGCCAAAAUCGCUCCAAACGGCGGUGAAAGUGUUGUUGUUGCAGCGAUAUUGGUUUUCGUGGCUUGCAGCAGCGGUUGUGGUUCAAUUUGUUGUGGCAUUCGCUUUAGCAGCAACGAUCAAUUUUCGCAAAAAAAGACAACAAAGUGAAGUAGAAGAGUAAGGGUGAUAAAAAAGGUGCAACAAAAGUGCGGGAGACAAGUGCAGAAUUAAGAAAACAGUUGCCGUUUUUCUUUUAAUUAUUUUUCGGUUUCCGUUUUGUUUGCCAAUAAACUUGCAGUGCUGCUUGCGUUUACAGUUACAUACUUACAUACACAUGUAUGUAUGCAUUAUGUAUACGCUAUAAUAAGUUCAAGGAAAGCAGAAAGCAAAAUGCGAGAAACAGAAUGUGCAAUGCAGUAAGAAAAAAAAACGACGCCUGCUGCUUGGGCCUCGCCUCUGUCCAUUUCAUAUUAUGUAAAGAGCGCUCUUUGUUGACUUGUGCACCUGUUUGUGUGUGCGUGUAAUAAAUUUUAAUUCGAUCCAAGUUGCAUGCAACGAUAAUGUUAAAAACGGAGCCAAAUAAUCGAUGUGCGAAAAUUUGCCGUUGUCGGCUGUGAGCUGG